AUGGAGCACCUGGGUCCGCACCAUCUCCACCCCGGCCACGCGGAGCCCAUCAGCUUCGGCAUCGACCAGAUCCUCAACAGCCCCGACCAGGGGGGCUGCCUGGGGCCCGCCUCGCGCCUGCAGGACGGAGAAUACGGCCUGGGCUGUUUGGUCGGAGGCGCCUACGCUUACGGCGGCGGCGGGGGCCCCGCGGCCGGGGCGGGGGCCGGGGCUGCGGGGGCCUAUGGCCCGGGCGGCCCGAGCGGCCCGGGCGGCCCGGCGGGCGGCGGCGGAGCCUGCAGCAUGGGCCCGCUGGCCGGCUCCUACAACGUGAACAUGGCCUUGGCGGGCGGCCCCGGGCCGGGCGGCGGCGGGGGCGGCGGCGGCGCGGGCGGGGGGGCGCUGAGCGCCGCGGGGGUGAUCCGGGUGCCCGCGCACAGGCCGCUAGCCGGAGCGGUGGCCCACCCCCAGCCUCUCGCCACCGGCUUGCCCACCGUGCCCUCGGUGCCCGCCGUGCCGGGCGUCAACAACCUCAGCGGCCUCACCUUCCCCUGGAUGGAGAGUAACCGCAGAUACACAAAGGACAGGUUCACAGGUCACCCCUAUCAGAACCGGACGCCCCCCAAGAAGAAGAAGCCGCGCACGUCCUUCACGCGCCUGCAGAUCUGCGAGCUGGAGAAGCGCUUCCACCGCCAGAAGUACCUGGCCUCGGCGGAGCGCGCCGCCCUGGCCAAGGCGCUCAAAAUGACCGACGCGCAGGUGAAAACCUGGUUCCAGAACCGGCGGACGAAGUGGAGGCGGCAGACCGCGGAGGAGCGAGAGGCCGAGAGGCAGCAGGCGAACCGAAUCCUCCUGCAGCUCCAGCAAGAGGCCUUCCAGAAGAGCCUGGCCCAGCCGCUGCCCGCCGACCCGCUGUGUGUGCACAACUCCUCGCUCUUCGCCCUGCAGAACCUGCAGCCGUGGUCCGACGACUCCACCAAGAUCACCAGCGUCACGUCCGUGGCGUCUGCCUGCGAGUGAGCCUGGCCACUUGGCCGCCCGUGAGACCCCGGGUCCAGACCAGGGGUUGCUGAGACCCGAGAGGCAGGACUGUCCCCGCCCCUCCCGCCUCGGACUUUCUGGGAAGGGCACGGCGUGCCUGGCGGGCUCCCACGCUGUUCUUUCUUCGGUGGAAAAGAAGAAAAGGGGCGUCCGGGACAGGGACCUGGGACCUUCCUCCCCAGCGCCCGCCAGAACUGUUCAGAGUCCUCUCAGUUUGCGUCUAUUUUAUUUUAUUCUGUUUUUUUUUUAACAUGGGGUUGAGAGAGGGGGGAAUGGGGGAAGAAGAAGCUUCUGACCCCUGCCCCCACCCAGGGACCACAAGG